AUGGUCAAAAGAACAGAACAGGAACAGCGGCUGCUGGAAAUGCUGAACUCCCGCGGCAACCGCAACAAGUGCGGUGAGUGCGGCGCAACAUAUCCAACGUGGGCAUCCUGGAACCUUGGCGUGUUCCUGUGCGGCCGGUGUGCCUCAGUCCACCGGAGUCUCGGCCCAGACGUCUCGCAGGUCAAGUCUUUGAGUUUGGACGUCUGGACGAUGGACGAGCUCGACGCACUGGAGUCUAUGGGCAACAAGGAGAAUCAGCGGCUGUGGAACAGCCGCAAGGAGCCGUUUCCGUUCGACGAGGACGACAAGGGCGCAAUUACUCUCUAUUUGCGUAACAAGUACAUAAAGGGUCUGUUCCGGACCACUCCGAUCGAUCCGGAGGACUACAGAUUGCACAAGAACGACAGACGGCGCAGCCGGCGCGCAAGGGACGAGCACGGCUCUCGCAGAGGUUCGCGGCCGGGCACUUCGAGCCGUGACCAGUACGCCGAUCUCUCGCGCAAGCUGAGAUACGACUAUGGACUCGAAGACGAGGAGCGGAACUUGGACGCUCUGGAACGCAGUCACGGCGAUAUCAAGCGCGCACUGCGUAUUUUGGCCAACGAGAAGGAUGAGACUCCGCCGCCGCUUCCUCGACGCAGACCUACGGCCGGUGCGCUUCUGGACUCGACCAAGACCGGCGCGGCCUCUGUCGACUGGCUGGGCGGCGACGGUCUAGCUCCGCAGGCUCAGCAGGUCCAGCAGGUCCAGCAGGCGCAGACAGGCGCCCCAGAGGUGCAGAUCUACCAGUACAUCGACCCAAAUACCGGCCAGGUGUACUAUAUCGACUCGAACGGACAGCAGUAUAUGGACCAGAACCAGGCGCAGAUGGAGGCGCAAAUGCAGAUGCAAAUGCAGAUGCAGCAGAUGCAACAGCAACAGCUGUUGCAACAAAGACAGCUGGCCAACGCUCAGGUGUUGUCGGCGUAUAACCAACCGACCGGCCAGCCUGGACAGAUGGGGAUGGGUCAGGGCUUUUUCUGA